AUGGGCGAUAAUAUGGAAUAUGAUGCACCGGGAGGGACAUUGCAUGAGGAUCCGUUUGCUGAUGGAUCGGGAAUCGAUUCGACAGACGAUCAAGCCGUUUCGGUGAUCACAAAAGAAGUCCUCCUCACUUUAGCCAACACAACGACACAAUUUUUCAGUAAUCUUACAACAACUGAAGCUUCUUUGAUUCCCCAAGAAUUUGCAAUGAACCCAUGGAGAGUGGGAUUUUUGGUGGCAAAGGCGACUUUCGGCUGUGUCCUUUUACUUCCUCUAUUGGCUGAUGUCGGUUUUGAUAUCUAUCUUGAAAUCGCUGCAAACAUUCACAAAAUGAUUGGAGUAUUCCCAUCGGAUUUCUCGUAUUAUUGGGGACCGGCUGUGAGUGAACCACUCUAUCACACACAAAGCAAAGAAAUCUCAAUCUUUUCCCAUCUUAUCGUUCACUACACUGGAUACAGAAUGUUCACUGAACUCCCAUGGACAUCAAUUGUUCUGUUUCUAAUCGAGAAUUUCAUCUUUUGGUCUCUUCUCACUUCAACAAUUCUACUAUUUCAUUUUGCGAGAAAGGCCAUUUCUCGACCUGAAGAUAUCAAAUAUACGCCGACUUUCUGGCCGUUCAUCCAAUCCCAAUCAAUCCCUUUCCUCCUCGUUGCCCUGACUGCUGUCUUCACUUUAUCCGAUCUUCCCUCAUGGAUUUUCCUCGCCGUCUCAAUUGUCAUUCGUUUCUUCGCUGUCGGAUUAGCUCUAAUCAUUGUCUAUCAAUUCUUUACGUCAUUCUUCUACUAUUGCCAACGACGAGAUGACUAUGUCAUCGCUUCACCACAUUCUUUGAUUCGCUACGCUCGUUCACGACUGUUUUGGAUUCAAAUCUUUGCUCUCUUUGCCCAUUCGAUGAGUGCACCGUUUGUUGGUUGGAGCGCGAUUUCACUGGCCGAAGAGGCGAUCGCCGUUUUCAGUACGUACAAAAUCGAUUCAAAUCUCAUUUUGUGGAUACACAGG